AUGCUGCCCGACGUGCGGGCCGUGGUCCACGAGAUGGCCAUGCUCGUCCAUGGCACGUUUGGCCCGCGUGGGCGCGAGGUGCUCGUCAUGUGUCCACCUGCGGCGCCGAUCAUGACGUCGUCCGGCUACACCAUCUUCCACUGCGCGGCGUCGGCAACGGGAAAGGCCAACCCUAUCUCGCAGCUCCUCUUGCAGACGAUGCGGUCCUUGUACGUCGAGCUCGGCGACGGCGUCACGCAGUUCAUCCUCAUGCUGGAUUUGUCCUGCGACGAGAUGCACCGACACGCAUCUUCCAAGCAUGCCUGGGCAACGGCCUUUGCCGACCUCGCGAACGCGCUCCCGGCGCUGUAUGCAACCACCUGCAUGCCGUACGCCACGCCCAUCCCCGUGGCCUUUGAUCCGCACUCGCGUCAACCAAGCACCGAGCUACGAGACGCAGCGCAAGCUAUUGUGCGGACGAGCUUGGCCGGCGCGUUCUCAGCCCCGGCGGUCGCAUACCUCGCCGACAUGACCGUCGAUUGGGUCUUCCGAACUGUGCUCGACGACACAGACUUGGCGCUGCCAACGACGUCGGUGGCGCUGGCCAGCAUCGCUAGUGACGUUCUCGCCGAGGCCAAGACGUUGCUGCUGCAACUCCCAACGGGCGCCUUGGACGAGAGUCGCAUCGGCGCCAAGCACGAGUUUUACCUCCGCCACACUUCGUACGUCCGCGCAAACGAUACCAAGUCGAUAGCCCAGCGAUUCGUGCUCUUUGACGGCAGUCUAAGCGGCCACAAUGACGCAACACUGGUCACGGUCCAUGUCCAGGCGGCCACGGCGCUCGCAACAUCCCGCGCCAGUGCCAUGUGGGCGCUCGAAAAGUACGUGGCCUCGCUCGCCCAGGACGCAAGCGUGAACCUGCUCCUGUGCACGGGCGAGGUGUCGCCGCAGGUGCGCGACCUCUGUCGGCGCUACGGCGUCGACGUCUUUGCCUACCUCGAGACGGACGACGUCCUUGCCCUCGCCAAGCGUGUUGGCCUCAUGUACGUCACAAGUAUGUACGACCAUGUGACUCCCGCGCACAUUGGAACACACACCGGGGCGCUCGAGACGCUUCGCAUCGGCGGCGUUCUCUACACCGUCUUUCGCCACUUGACUCGAGCGGCGACAACGCGAUCUGUGCCCCAACUGCGGCUGCACGGAUCCACAAAAGGCCUCACGACGCAGUACUACUACGCCGUGAAGAAGGCGCUGCGCGUCUUGUGCGCGUGGCUGCGGGACGGCGCGAGCCUUCCGGGUGGCCUCGCACCCGAACGCGCGGUGGCCAUGGCCUUGCGCACUUCUCGGCCGCGCGAUCUUGGCGCGUCGGUGCUGACGCAUGCACUCCUUGGAGCGUGGAGUCAGCUCCACGAGAACCUGGCUGGCGUACAGACCAAGGCGACGCUGCGUCGUGGCCUUGAGCCCUUGACGACUCGGGAUGAUGCGUUCCUUGGGUGGGUCUACGAGACCCGUGCGCUACCACUUCCUGGCACGGAGAGUGUCCUUGCGUCCCACCACGUGCGAGUGGGCGACCCAGGCGCCGCUAACGUGCUCCAUGCAGCGUCGCGCUCCCGUCGCAUUCUCGAGGUGGUCCUCGACACGCUGCGGCAGCUCGCGCGACUGGAUGGAAUUUACGCCAUCAAAAAGCCAUGUACCGACUAA